UUCGCUCAAGCAGCUUCUCUUCCGUCUCUUUCCUUAGUCGACUUGCUGCUUGCCGUCUGCGACGGUCUUUGGAAUCCUCCCCCACAAUCCCUCGGUGUCACUCGCUUCCCUCGUCUUUCCAAGUAACUCAAGAUGCAGUUCACUACCAUUUUCUACGCGCUCUCCAUGCUCUUCCUCUGCGCGUUCGCCGCGCCGCUGGAGGUGCGCCAGGAGACGGUCUCCAACGUGAAGUGCACGUCGAAGACCGCUCUUGACUUCCACACCUCGAAUGUCGCCCUGCUCCAAAUCUGCGGCGGCAUCGCGGGCACGAUCCAGAAGUGCCAGGGCGCGCCGACGUCCACCACUGGUCAGUCGGGCAACGUCCGCUUCUCGAUCACCCCCGCGAUCAAGGGCGACACCAUCAACAUCUCCAAAGGCCGCUGGGAGCAGGGCAUCAAGGCCGCGUUCGCCGUCUGCGGCCAGAACAUCCCCUUCACGGCCACCUUCGCUGGUGGUGCGACGAAGGGCGACGUCAACGUCGUCUACGGCACGGCUUAAGGCGGAGCGGUCUCUUUGGGUUGGGUGGUGGUUGUGUAUGGGUAGUCGUGCUCUACUGGAAUCACAUUCGGGUCUCACCAG